AUGCUGGAGCCGACAGCUUUGAUCAAGAACCUUGGGAACUUCAAGGUUCAAAAUGUACUACCAUUGACAAGCGUUUGGCCUCCAAAUAGACGGGCUGCAACCUUAGUUUUGUUGUUUAUUGGAAACCGUGGGGAACUCCGAGUGCUUUUGACCAAGCGGUGUAGGAAUCUUCGCAGUUUUUCUGGACAUGUAUCACUGCCGGGAGGUAAGAGCGAUAGCCCGAGCGAGACUGCUGAAACAAUCGCGCGACGCGAAUCUGAGGAGGAAAUAUCGUUGCCUAGCGAUGAUCUUGUACUCCUCGAAAAGUACAAAAUGACAAUAGAAAACGUCAGCUCAAAUAUGCCCCACUACCUAGCUCGUACAUUUCUCAGCGUGAAGCCUAUCAUAUGCUUCUUGUACAACUCUGCUACCCCGAAAAAUGAGAGAUACCAGCGCCCGCUAGAAGGUACCAAGUUCUUUGGCAAGCUAAAUCCUGGUGAGACAUCCUCAAUGUUCUCCGUACCGCUUAAUGAUUUUAUUGCGCACCAACGCUUGUGGGCUCAAUACAAAGUGGAAUAUGUGAACCGCAAAGAAUAUAUGAAGAGAUGGGGUGGUUUGACGUGGCGCAUUGAGCAUUAUUUUUACCCUAAUUCGAAUCCUGGUGACGCGGAAUGGCUCAACAACAUACUCGAUACCAGUUCUGGAGAUGAAGAUCUCGAAGGCAUUCCAUGUAAGGACGUAUGGGGGUUAACAGCUAAAAUUUUGCACGACAUAUGCUGUAUUGCCCAUGGAGAAGUUGCCGGACAGGAAAGUUUAGGCCAUGAUGGGCUUAUAUAUGGUUUGCACGAGUUUGGAGGCCAGAUGAAGGAGCGGUCUCGAAGUGAUUGGGAAAACAAAAUGCUCACCAAUCAGAGAAGCGUUAUGUUUGGUGAUGUUAUUCCAUCUUUCCAAUUGAAACCAAUAGUAAAGCAAGCGCGGGAGUUCUAA